AAAAAAAAACGGAGGAAGUAUAUGAUUAAAGAUUUGUAUGGAAUGAAAUAGUUUUUUUUUUUUUAAUAAAAAACCACAAAUUUUGAUGCAACUUAUUUAUUAAAAAUGCUACUUGUAUUUAAUAAACAUUUAUCAAGGUGAAAAAUUGGAACUUGCUCGACUUUUGUCACCUUCGAACCCAAACUGUAGAAUAGAAUUCUCUUUUUUUUAGAGGGAAGAGCAAAGACGAGCGUCAACUAAUAAGCUUUGUUUAGAAGCCUAACACCCUUUGCCCAAUUCAAGAUCAAGAGAAAGAAGAAGAGAGAAAUGAGGAGGGAUGGUAUUCUGGGUGACAAUGUGAGCAAUGAAGAAAGCAUGAGAUUAAGGAAGAAAACCAAAAUUAACAGAACUUGGGUGAAGAGAAGAGAGAAAUGGCUAGUACUUUUGGGAGUUGUUCUUCAUGCUGUUUAUAUGUUAAGCAUUUUCGACAUUUACUUCAAAUCUCCAAUUGUUCAUGGCAUGGAUCCAGUCAAACCCCGGUUUUCUCCUCCUGCUAAACGCCUCGUUCUUCUUGUUGCUGAUGGUUUGCGAGCUGACAAAUUCUAUGAGCCGGAUGAGGAAGGGAAUUACCGAGCACCUUUCCUUAGAAGUGUGAUAAAAGAACGAGGGCGUUGGGGUGUGUCCCAUGCCAGGCCUCCAACAGAGUCAAGGCCUGGACAUGUCUCUAUUAUAGCUGGUUUUUAUGAAGAUCCUAGUGCUGUUACAAAAGGGUGGAAAGCUAAUCCAGUUGAAUUUGAUUCAGUAUUCAACCGCAGCCGUCAUACCUUUUCAUACGGCAGCCCUGAUAUUGUGCCAAUAUUCUGUGGCGCGUUGCCUCACAGCACAUGGAAAACAUAUCCUCAUGAGUUUGAGGACUUUGCCACUGAUGCAUCAUUUUUGGAUGAAUGGUCCUUUGAUCAAUUUCAAAGCCUUUUGAACAAUUCUAAGGAAGACCAGAACUUGAAGCACUUACUUAAGCAGGACGACAUUACAAUUUUUCUGCACCUUUUGGGUUGUGAUUCAAAUGGUCAUGCUCAUCGCCCAUUCUCUUCUAUUUAUCUCAAUAAUGUUAAGGUUGUGGACAGCAUUGCUGAGAGAGUUUAUAAUCUAAUGGAGGAUCAUUUCAAGGACAAUCGGACUGCAUACAUCUUUACAGCAGACCAUGGGAUGAGUGACAAAGGUAGUCAUGGGGAUGGACAUCCUUCAAACACUGAUACUCCCCUUGUUGCUUGGGGAGCAGGAGUGAAAACUCCCAGGCUUAACUCAAGCAACCAUUCUGAUUGCGGUUUCCGUUUUGUUGAUGAGCAUUCUCAUGACACACCAACACCAAAUGAAUGGGGUCUUGAUGGCAUAGAGAGGGUUGAUGUCAAUCAGGCUGAUAUUUCACCAUUGAUGUCCACUCUACUUGGUCAGUCAUGUCCUGUAAACUCAGUUGGAAGCUUACCUCUUGAUUACAUUGACUUCAAUGAGGCUGAAGAAGUUGAAGCUGUGCUUGCUAAUACCAAACAAAUUUUAAAUCAAUUUCUCCGCAAGUCAUAUGUUAAACAGUCAAAUUCUUUAUUUUUCAAGACUUUCAAGCCUCUGGCCAACUAUUCAGCGAUUCUGGAUAAAAUUGAAGACCUUAUCUCUGCUAAAGACUAUCAUGGUGCGAUGGAACUAUCUGAAAAUCUCAGAAAACUGGCGCUUGAAGGACUUCAUUAUUUUCAAACCUAUGACUGGAUGAUGCUCAUGACAGUAGUGAUUCUUGGAUACAUUGGUUGGAUAUUUUAUCUAGUGAUCCACGUGCUGCAAUCAUAUACUAGCUUGCCUGGUCAGAUAAUGUACAGAGAGGAAGCUGGUCAAGUGGACAAAAAGAUGGGAAAGGUUUAUAUACUUGGAAGUUUGCUGAUGGGGGCAUUUUCUAUAAUACUGCUUGUUGAGCGUUCUCCUCCUCUCUAUCAUGCUUACAUUGCAAUGACCGUUUUCCUUUGGACACAAAUUUUAAGUCAAUACCAGUUUUUAAAUGCUUUACUGAGAAGCUUUCAGAAGGAGAAAUUUGCUUACUUUGUCAAACUUCUAGCUUAUGGCAUUGUGUCAUUGGUUAUUCUUGAAUUUCUGGUACACAGCUUUACAGAAAGGAAGCUGUACACCUGGUGCUUCCUAAUUGUUGGUAGUGUAGCUCCCUUAUAUCUUUAUCGUGCAAUUCCGUGGAAAUCAUGGAUACCAGGAUUUGUGUGUGUAUCAUGUUGGUUGUUAUCAAUUUUCACAUUGAUGCCUGCAGAAAUUCCUGAUAAUACAUUCUUAGUUGUAUUUUGUGGAGCUUUGAUUAUUUUAAUUGGACUAGCUGCAAGAUGGAUAGAAUUGUGCUACGGAGAGAAUAAAUAUUUUCAGAAUAUCAUAAAUCCUGAAUUGACCAAGCUGAAGUUACCAAUGCUUUUUCCUCUGCAGGCUGUUUUGGUGGGUUUAUCGUCAGUGAUGCUCUCUCUAUCAACAUCACACAGAACUCAAAAGCAAGAAUUACUUGUAUUUCAUCAGUUAACAAAUUGGUUUGUGGCAGGAUUUUCUAUGAUUCUCCCCUUAUUUUCAGCACCUUGCCUUUUGUCUAGAUUAACGUCCAUUUUCCUUGGAUUUGCACCAGCAUUUUUGCUUUUAUCAAUUGGCUAUGAAGCACUGUUUUAUGCUGCACUUGGUCUAGUACUUAUGGCAUGGGUACUAUUUGAAAAUACAAUUCUCUAUUUAAGUAAGGCGAGAAGAUAUUCAGUUUCUUCAAAUAGUGUGGUUGAAGAGGUCCCUACUGAGAAUGAGGAUAGAUCUUUGGAGUUGUCUGAUGCAAGAAUUGGUUUGAUCUUUAUGGUCUUGUUCAAUGUUGCAUUUUUUGGCACGGGAAACUUUGCAAGUAUCGCUAGUUUUGAGAUAUCAUCUGUGUACCGCUUCAUCACCGUCUUUAGUCCAUUCUUGAUGGCAGCCCUUCUGAUUUUCAAGCUAUUUAUUCCCUUCAUGCUUGUAAUGGUACAAGGCCACAAAUUCAUUUGUAGCAGCACCAUAGUAAAUGUCUUUUGUACCAAAAAAAAAAAAAAAAAAAAAAAAAAAAAAAAAAAAAAUCAAAGUUUACAACAACCCAGCACCUGAAUUCACGAACCACCACCACCACCACCACCUAUCACCACGAAACCACCCAACACCACCACCUAUCACCAUGAAACCACCCAAUACCACCACCUAGCACCACGAAACCACCCAACACCACCACCCAGGACCAACACCACAACCCACCACUACCCACAACCCCACUACCCACGAAUCUAGAACCACAAAAAUCACAACCAGUGAACCCAAAACCCACAACCACACAACCCACAAUCCACAAAUUGACGAACCCAGAAAUCCCGCCCCUAGAAAAACGCAACCCUAAAAAUAUAAACUAAAGGGAUGUAAACGACAAACUAAUUCAUCAAUUAAAGCUUUAAUUCGUCAAAUUUAACCAUCAAAACUCAAGAUCUAGAGUUUUCAUGUUUAAAUUUGACCAUAAAAUCUUCAAAUUUGAGCUUCAGCGGCAAUGACGAAACAACAAGAAAAGAAAGAGAAAGAAAACGGAGGCAGCCACAAGCAAGGGGACAUCAGCGGCAGUGACUUCCAGUGAUGGUGGUGGUGGUUGCCAAUGAAGGUGAUGAUGAAUUUAGAUGGAAGGAGAAUUAUUUUGGUGGAAAUGGUUAAGUUAAUCUAUUAACCUUUACUAAAAGCAAAUCCUCAAUGACACUUGUCAUUACCUUGUGAAAAAUUUUCCCACAAUAUCUUGUGAUAUUUUCUUUUCAUAUUGACAAUCAUAUUCCCUAUAUAUUUAAAUGAAUUAUUAGUAUUUUGUAAUAUUAUUGUCAAUAAUAUUUGCACGGGAUUUUAAGGUUUAAGUUAAUAAGAUAAAAUCAGUAGUUUAAUUAGGGUGUUUAAAAAAAAGUAAGACUAAUUUUGUAAAAUCACACAAAAAAACUUACUAUAGAAGGAAAGAAAUUUUUUUGUUGCAAGUAAUGUGUACCGGUCAUUUAUAGUAAUUGUUGCAAAUAAUGUGUAACGGAAGUAGUAUUAACUUGUGAAAACUUAACCCAUCUACCUUAGGGCAUCAUGCUUUGGUUGCACUUUCUUAUUUUUUAAACUGUGGUACAUGACAACACAUUUUUCCUUGUGAUGGUAGUAUUUGCUCUCUCACAAAUGAACAUUUAUUCUGAACAUUUGGCCUGCUCGUUAUCAAGCGGCAAUGAUAAAUAGUGAACCUUUUGUAUAUUGAUCUUGCCAACAAUAAUGUGUGCUCAGUAUGAUUGAAAUUUUCAUGGAAAAAGAGAAGCCUCUUGGACUUUGUCUUCUUAUACAUGUAUCGAAAUGAACCUUUGCAUGUGGUGUAGACUUUAGGAUUGCAUAAUUAGCUAUUUCCUCUGUGCUGGAGCUGUAAUUACUGAUUAAGUUUAUAUUGUUGCUUUGCUGUUGUCUAGUAUUCUGCUCUGGCACUGACAAUUCUUAUCUUGUACACAGCUGUGCCUUCAGUGCCAUAACCAAACUUAUUCGAGUCCCACGUCUGGGAUUGUAUUUUCUUGUCAUACUGUUCUCGGACGUCAUGACUAUCCAU